AUGGAGGGCCAAGAGUCACCAGAGAAAAAGGCCUCCAGCUGCUCACCGAGCCCUGCAGAAAACAGGUCUUGCUCAGCUGUGGAGACUGGAUCUGAUGGAGCUGAUAAUAAAACAACAAGCAUCAAAGAGGAGGAGGAGGAAAAGCUUUCUUUGAUCACCUGGAAUGUAGAUGGUCUGGAUGGUGAAGACCAGCCGGAGCGAGCCAGAAGCCUCUGCUCGUAUCUGAUCUCAUACUCUGCUGAUGUGGUGCUUCUUCAGGAAAUAGUCCAACCCUACAUGCGCUUCAUGCACAGACGUCUGGCAGACACAUACACUUUCAUUAAAGGUGGCGAGGAGGGUUAUUUUACUAUGAUGCUGCUCAAGAAGUCACGACUCACUCUGCUGAAUAGUGAGAUUGUCAUCUUUCCAAACACUCAUAUGGGGAGAAACCUGCUCAUUGCUCAGGUGAUGUUCAGAGGUCAGAAACUGCUUCUGAUGACAUCCCAUUUCGAGAGCUGUAAGAGCGGCUCAGCAGAGAGGAUGAGGCAGCUAAGGCUGGUGAUGAAGAGGAUGAGUGAGGCUCCUGAUGAUGAGACGGUCCUGUUUGGAGGGGACACAAACCUGAGAGACUAUGAGGUGGCCACGGUUGGCCUUCCCAGCUCUGUCUGUGACUUGUGGGAGCAGCUUGGAGAACCUGAGAAGUGCCGCUACACAUGGGACACCCAGGCAAACACCAACAAGGACAUCCCCUUCAAGUGCCACUUCCGCUUUGAUCGGGUGUACCUGCGCCGAGCCUCCAGGGAUGGGGUCCCACGGCUGGACCCCCACAGCAUGGCUUUGAUUGGGUUGGAGAUUCUCAAGUGUGGCUUAUUCACCAGCGAUCACUGGGGAAUAUACAGCAAAUUUUCUGUUGAGUAGAAAUGUAAAUUUUUCCCUGCUUUUUAUGUUCGUUUUUUCUUACUUUGUGUGUUCAACAAUUCCAGUUUAUUCAACAGGAAAUUGCUACUGCAACCUUUUAAUCACUAUUUUGACCUGGAUUAGAGUUUUUACCUCAGUCAGAGCCAGUACUGUCAUGCAGCAUCAUAGGAUGAUUUUCUUUAUUUGUAACUCUAACCUUUGAUUAAAUCUUUCUUUACCAAAAAUUUCCAAAGCUUUUAGCUUUUUUA